AUGGAAACUGCCAAAUUCAUUCCGAUUCUCCUAGUUUUCGUAAUUUCCAUCGAAUCUCAAAAUUGCACCGAUGAUCAGAAUAAAAAAUUGGAAGUUUGUAUGAAAGUGAGUUCUGAAUUUUGAUUUUGAGCACUGAAAAAAUAAUUUUUCAAGAACUACGCCAUCGAAUCUCUUCAACAAAAACCCGACAGUUUCUGGAAUGCCUGCAAAACCUUUCAUAAAUGUUCGGAAGCUGUGAAAUGCCAAGAUAUGCAUGCCACAAAUCUCGCAAAUACCCAGUUUUGUUUCGCAAAUGUCAUCGAAAAUAACACAUUUUCACAUUGCUUAAAAACGGUGACCAAAUUGCCGUGUUGGAAUGUGAUAACUGAAAAGAUUUCGAAAAUAAUUGAAGGUGUUGAGAAGGAUAAGAAGAAGAAUUGUCAAUUUUUGAAGAUUGAAGCGAGAAAGUGUUUUGAAGAUGGAAUUAGGGGAACUAAAGGAUGUGGGGAGAAAGAAUUGAAGGAUUUUGGAAAAAUUUUUGAUGAUUUGGUGAAAACUGUGGAUUGUUGA